AUGAGAUAUAUCACAGCAGCUCUUCUUUGUUACCUCUCUUUAUUUGUAGCGUUUGUCAAUGGCGACUCUCCACACCUGAACUUCGAUUGGACUGUUUCCUUGUCCCAACGUGCACCUUUUGGAGUUGACAAACAGGUGAUCGUGAUCAAUGAUCAGUUUCCAGGGCCAUUGUUGAACACAACCACAAACGACGUGGUGAAUAUUAAUAUUCAUAACAACUUGACAGAGCCAUUCUUGAUGACAUGGAAUGGAGUGCAGAUGAGGAAAAAUUCAUGGCAAGACGGAGUACAGGAAACAAACUGUCCAAUCCUGCCAGGACAGAACUGGACAUACAGUUUUCAGAUGAAGGAUCAGAUCGGCAGUUUCUUUUACUUCCCUUCUCUUCUUCUUCAAAAGGCGGCGGGAGGAUAUGGCGCCAUUCGGAUCCACAACCGUGCCGUCAUUGCUGUCCCAUUCCCUCGUCCCCAGGAAGAAUAUGAUGUACUGAUCGGUGAUUGGUACAAUGCAGAUCACCAGGAUUUGAGAGCCAUACUUGACAUGGGAGGCAACUUGCCUUUACCAGAUGGAAUUCUCAUCAAUGGGCUUGCACCCAAUCAAGCAACUUUUGAUUUUGAACCAGGCUCAACAUACAGGUUGAGAAUAUCAAAUGUGGGAUUGAAGACAACAUUGAACUUCAGAAUUCAAGACCAUGUGAUGCAGUUGGUGGAGACUGAAGGUUCUUACACCAAGAAAGAAUACUACCCAAGCUUGGACAUCCAUGUCGGCCAAUCUUACUCAGUCUUGGUCACUGCUAAAAACCAGACUGAUGGCAAGGCCUAUUACAUGGUUGCCACUUCUCGGUUCAUUCCUCUUGAGCUUUCUGGUGUUGGGGUCAUACGAUAUUCUGGGUUCCAGGGCCACCCCCUGGAUAAUAUGCCUCCUGGACCAUCUAUGUAUGACUAUGCUUUCUCUACAGAACAAGCCCAAUCUAUCAGGUGGGACUUAGCAGCAGGAGCAGCUAGGCCAAAUCCACAAGGCUCUUUCCAUUACGGAAGCAUUAAUGUCAGUCGCACACUUAUUAUUGAGAAUGAUGUUGCGGAAAUUGGAGGCAAACUUCGGUACACUGUUAAUGGGGUCUCAUUUGUUCAUCCUGACACACCAUUGAAGCUAGCAGAUUACUUCAUGCUCAGUGAUGUCUUUGAGACUGGUAUUAUUUCUGAUACGCCCCAAAAGGAUCUUCCUGGAUUAGGCACUUCUGUUAUUGAUGCCCAAUAUCAUGAUUUCCUCCACAUUAUCUUCCAAAACCCUCUUCCCUCCUUGCAAACAUGGCAUGCUGAUGGCUACAACCUCUUUGUUGUUGGGAUGGGAUUAGGGGAGUGGAAUGAGACCACAAUGAAGACAUACAACAUGUUCGAUGCUGUUUCACGUUCCACUGUCCAGGUUUAUCCAGGGUCGUGGACGGCAAUUAUGGUAGAGUUGGACAAUCAUGGAAUGUGGAAUUUGAGAUCACAGGAUGCAGAGAAGUGGUACCUGGGGCAAGAAUUCUACAUAAGAGUGAAGGAGGUGGGACAAAACGACCCUUCAAAGGUUUCCCCCAGGGAUGAAGCUCAUAUUCCUGAAAAUGCCAUUAAAUGUGGAAGGCUCACUUCUUUGUGA